GCAGUUUGUGGGCGGCGGGCAACUUAUUGGGCGGAAACUUGCCUGGACUGUGAUUGGAAACGGCGGGUAGACGCUAGUACGGUGACGAUGGGGUUCACAGUUCUCUGGCCGCUGUCCUGAUGCAGGGUCUUGGUUUGCAAUGUUAGCUCUGUAUUCGUUUCCAUGGGUGCUGCCUCACCUGCUGAGUUCCUCAGGUAUGAAAUACUUUUGGAUGUUACAGUUUGUACGAAGUAACUACUCUAAUAGCUCCUGCAAAAUGAAACCAUCCAUUAAAAGACUGCUUACUUCAGGUACAGCAAGAAAUUACAGUCAAAAUGUGGCACCCAUAAUCAAAGCAGAGCCAACAAGAGGACUUAUGGAUGAAUCAGUCAAGAUUGAGAUCACACAUUUGCUCCCAAAUCAGCAGAUUACAUUGCACUCGAAGCUUUUGUCUGAAGAUAAUGAUUGGUGGAUGUCACACGCCCAUUAUGUCAGUGAUGUGGAAGGGAACGUCAGAGUUAGCCAUGAUAAGUCAUGGGGAGGCAGUUACACUGGCCAGGAACCAAUGGGCUUCAUCUGGAGCAUGAAACUUGCACCUGGCAGUCGUGAAGGAAUGAGGCUGAGAAAGAAGGAUGUGACCACCCCACUGUCAGUAACUGUUUCUGUACACAGUGGAUGGAUUUCUAGUAGCUUUGACAUGGAAACAGUACUGGCAUCAGUUGUGUUGGAACGCUUUUAUAUGGCCCCAGGCACCACCAGGUUACAGUUCAGAAAUGGUCGUGUUGUUGGAACACUCUUCUUGCCACCAGGACCUGGACCGUUUCCUGCAGUUCUGGACAUGUGGGGUGGUGGAGGCGGUCUUGUAGAAUAUCGAGCAUCUCUUUUUGCAUCCAGGGGAUUUGCAGCACUUGCCUUGGCACACACAGGACAUAAGGACCUUCCACCAGCACAGGAAGUCUUUGAACCAAGCCUUUCUUACUUCGAGGAGGCCUUUAUUGCCCUUGAGAACCAUCCAAAGAUUGCAAAAGGGAGAGUUGCCCUUGUAGGGCUUUCACUUGGAUUUACAGUGGCACUCCUGAUGGCAACGGAGCUCAGAAAUAUUCAUCCCAAAUGUUUAGUCUGCAUCAGUGGAAGUCAUUUUAAUCUGAUCCAGAAUGGAGAUUCAAUUUUGUUUCAAGAUGAGAAUGAUCAUGCAGAUAAAGUUAAGUUUGCAGAGGAUGGCGCUUUGAUAUGGAAAUACAUCCCUUUGCCAUUCACAGAUUCAAAGUCCAUGGUGAAGGUUGAUAAAAUCAGGUGCCCCUUAUUGAUUAUCUGUGGUGAUGAUGAUCAAAACUGGCCUGCACUUGAAUCUGUUUUUGAGAUACAGGAUCUGAUGAAGGCGGCAGGAAACGAUCAUUUGCUCACAACAGCCGUGUAUCCUCAGACUGGACAUCUAAUUGAGCCUCCUUAUAGCCCCCACUUCAGGACGACCAGGUUUAAGAUCCAUUCUAUAAACAAAAUAGUAAAGAUUUUAUGGGGAGGAACAACAAAACCUCAUUCAGAUGCUCAGGAGGACUCCUGGAAAAAGAUUCUGGCAUAUCUGGAAAACCAUCUUGUACUUGAACAUCCUGCUGUGAACCGGUCCAAACUGUGAAAGUUGAUUUUGUGUGAAAUUACUAAUAGUGCCUUCAAAAGAAGCAACUUUGUUACUUUGUCUGUUAUGUAGGCAUUUAAUUCAUAAUUCACCUUCUGUUGCAAAAUUUAUACUUGGUUGGAUUAGAGUUGUAAGCAGAUAUACGUGGGAGGUCACUAUUUGGCCUGUGACAGUCAAUUCCCUAGCAGAGCUGCCCAUAUAUUUUCAUUACCUAUCUAUUCUCCGUUACUUCAUUAAUGUAGGCUAAUAACAUUGAGUGUUUCCAGUAGCUUUUCAGCACUGAUAUGGGAAGAGAGUGUAGUUCAAACUCAUGAAAGUUGUGCCCUCUAAUUACCCUUCCAUUUAUCUUCUCUGCUGUAAGGUGAAGAACCUUGUGUCUGCUCUCUCAGGCCUUUCAUCUGUAACACCAGCCUUUUAAAGUAUUCUUUAAAGGGUUGUGUAUAUAUGUAUUUUGCCUUUCUCUCCCCCCCCCCCCCCCCCCCCAGAAGACUUAAAUUUGGUCACUGAGAAUAUUUAUUUAAAGUUCAAGUGAAAAGAUUUUUGGUUCAUGAGUUGCUGCUGAGAAUAGUAUAGGUUUUGGGGAUCUGAGGGAAAGGGGCAAGCUUGUUGUAAAAUUGCUUGGUGGAAAAUUGCUUGGUGGGAGGAUAUAAGAGUUAAAGUAUCGUGCUUUAAAGUUUAAAGUAGAGUUUAUUGUCAUGCACAAAUAAUCUAGGCACAAGUGCAUUGGAAAACUUCCAGCAGCACCAUAGACACACAGCAUCACAUCAAUAACAUUUACAAGAAAACAUCAUUUAACAUAAAUUAUACAUAUUUACAAGAGCACAAUUGGAACUUUAUUGCAAAGUAUUGUUAAUAUGUAGUAUUUAGUGUUUUGCUGGAUGGUUCAAAAACCGAAUGGUUGAAGGGAAGUAGCUGAUCUUGAACCUGGUGGUUUGGGAUUUCAGUCUUCUGCACCUCUUGCCCGAUGGUAGCUGCGAAAGUUCAAAGUAAAUUUAUUAAAGUUUAUAUAUGUCAACAUAUAGAAACCUGAGAUUAUUUUCUUGCAGGCAUACGUAGUAAAUCCAAGAAACAUAAUAGAAUCAAUGAAAUAUUACGCUCUACAGGACGGACGAAUGACCAGUGUGCAAAAGACAAUAAACUGCAGAUACAAAAAAAGUAAUAAUAAUAAUAAAUGAACGAAAAAGUGGUAUGGCCCAAAUGGUGAGAAUCUUUGAUAAUCUUGCCUGCAAUAGCUAAACUCUCUGCAGCUUAUGUGCAUUCAGCAUGAUGUACAGUGGCUUGCAAAAGUUUGGGCACCCCUGGUCAAAAAUUCUGUUACUGUGAAUAGUUAAAUGAGUAGAAGAUGAACUGAUAUGUUAACAUCAGGAAUUUAAAGCUGCCGUUGAUUCCCAAUGUAGGCUGAUACUUGUCCAUUGAAAGGAGCAGUCAACGUUUCAACGGAUGCUGCCCGACCUGCUGAGUUCAUCCAGCUUGUUUGUACGUGUUUAUUUGACCACAGCAUCUGCUGUGUACUUUGUGUUUACAUGGAUAGCUUUUUCAGCCAAUAUGGAUAGAUUGGGACAAAUGGCCUUUGAUAUAAAUGUCUGAUAUGGAGAUGGGGAAGAAAGGUAGACAAUCAGCCAUGAUAUUCAAUGGUGAGGCAGUCUCAAAGAACUAGACAAAAAUGAAAAUCUUGUUUUUCUUGUUCCAUGCUUUGGUUCUCCACAUAAAUAUUUAUGAAAUCCAAAAUUACACAUGUUCUUGUUAACUUGUCUUAAAAUUAUUUUGUGCAUCAUUAUUACAUGUAUAAUUUUAUAUUUAAUUAACAUAUUUAAGACUAUCAAACAUUUUAUAUUGAAAGAUUCAAAUUUUGUUUUCUGUGGUACUUUAAUUAUUAAUGUAAUGAUAUGGUGUAUUUUUCUCCUGGGUAUGUGCUUUGUCUUCACAUGAUGUACUUUAUAUGAAGAUAUUCAAUUGAUUAACUUGUAAUGUGAUUUCCUGUGCAAUUACUCUUUGAAUAAAUUGCUCAAAACUUCA